AAACCAACCAUAACUCUCUGCUUGACACAUUUCCUUUCUCUCUCUAAAAAUGGGAUGCUGUGGUGAAGAAGAGGAAGACAUCCUCCAACCACUCCAACAACAACAAACCCCAACCCUACACUCCUCAUCCUCUUCCAUGGCGUCGUCAAUUACCGGCGAUGACUCAUAUACCACCAUAUCUCCGAUGAAUUCCAAUUUUGCGGCUUUAAUUUGUAAAGAUAUCCUGCGUACGAUCUUCGAAAAGCUUCCGGUGGUAGAUCUAGCACGGUCGGCGUGUGUAUGCAGGUUGUGGAGUUCAGUAGCUUCUGAUCGAGAGAUUCAGGUUAGGGCUUUCAAGGCGCCGUGGAAACUGAAGGGCGUGAUCGGGAAUCCUAGCUCCGGUAGCUUCUGGAGAGAUAAUAGACUUAGCCGUUUCGCUAUUUCACAUCGGUUGGUUCGCAGUGACACUGUUGCUAGCCUCGCUGUCAAGUACUCCGUUCAGGUUAUGGACAUUAAACGCUUGAACAACAUGAUGAGCGACCACGGGAUACACUCGAGGGACAGAUUGUUAAUCCCUUUUUGUAUCUGGAAGGUUGAUGAUGGUACUGCCCAGUACUACUUGUCUUUAUCAAAUGGUGAUCCCAGAGGUGCGUUCAUGGAGUUUUCUGAAGAUCUUAGGUGGGAGAGGCAGGUUCGUUUUGCCUAA